AUGGACGCGCUGGGCUAUCUGGCAUUCGGCGACACCGGCUGGAGCGACGAGAUCGCACGCGGCGUGCUUGUCACUGCUUCACUGGCCUUGGUCACCCUGCCCGUCGGCCUUGCGAUCGGCUUUCUUCUUGCCCUUGCAAAGCAGUCCCGCGAAGAGACGCUGCGGCUGGCCGCCGACAUCUACACGACGAUCUUUCGCGGCCUCCCCGAACUGCUGACCAUCUUCAUGGUCUAUUACGGCAUGCAGAUCGGCAUACGGCAGGCAUCGCUCGCGCUCGGCUUCGAGGGCGGCUUCGAGAUCAACGCCUUCGUCGCUGGAAUGAUCGCGCUGGCCGUCGUCUUUUCGUCGUUUGCGAGCGAGGUGUUCCUGUCCGCCUUUCGCGCCAUUCCCCACGGCCAGUACGAGGCCGGUGAUGCGCUCGGCCUGACGCGCUGGCAGACCAUGCGCACGAUCAUAGCGCCGCAGCUCGUCCGCAUCGCCCUGCCCGGCUUGGGUAAUCUGUGGCUCAUCUUGCUCAAGGACACGGCCUACAUCUCGGUAAUCGGGCUUUCAGACAUCAUGCGCCAGGCCGGCAUUGCCGCGCGCGUGACCAAAGAGGCGUUCCUGUUCUUUGGCAUCGCCUGCCUGCUCUAUCUGGUGCUCGCGAUCCUCUCCUCGAUCGUCUUUUCGCGCAUCGAGCGCGCCGCCCGGCGUUCGGAGGUCCGCGCGUGA